AAAAACAAAGAAAAUCAAUUAAGAAUAAAAUAUCAAAAUAUUUUAAAAUGGAGAAUAAAACAAUGUUUAUGAUAUUUUCUUUGAUCAUGGUUUUGCUAUCGUUUUCUCAUCCAACUUUCGGCAAAGAAAGCGAUAAUGACAAGCCACUCCUCAUUUCAGACGACGAGUUUGAUGCUAUGAUGGCAAGAUCUCCUACAUCGGACAAUUAUAACGAAAAUGUUGGUAGUAAAUAUUCAAAGAAACAAAUAAAUUAUCUUAUGAACUGCAGUAAAAAGAUGGCCGUCCCAGAUAAAUGUAUAGAAGAAGUGAUGGCUGAAAUUAUUCAGAACAAAAGUGCUUCAAGAGAUUGUUGUUUGGGGAUAGUGAAAGCUGGAAAGGAAUGUCACAUGGAAUAUAUGAAAUUAUUUUUUCAAAUGUAUGAACUCAGGCGUUUUACUUCUAAAAGGUUUUCCAAAACUAAUGAGAUAUGGAACAGAUGUUCCACCGAAAUUGGAGUUGUUUCACCAUAUUCUGGUUAAAAAAAUGUAACUAAUUUUAUUAUUUGAACAAUACUAUUAUUUCC